GGCAUUUCUGGCCUUGUGAGAAAAGAUCCGUUUCCAUGAGAUCUUAUUGGCGAUAACAGCCUUUUCUAGUAUUCUGUACCUGAGGAACAUUCAUCUACAUUCUCUCCAUCGACGUCACCGCUUUCCUUGGUGUUUCUGGGUGAAGUGGAGCUGGAUAGGUGUCUGAAAAAUGAGCACGUGGGCAUGAUUGUUGGGCCAGCUUCAAGGCAGUGGACCCUGACCCUCGAAAACGAAAAACGGCUGUCAUGGUAGCUACAUCUACAUCUCCAUAACUUACCCUCUUCCCUACAUAGAAUUGUUUUUUUGGAAAACACGAAGAAAUUGCCAUCACAAAAACCUCCACAUCAUCAUUAUUUUGAAGCAUAAGAACAUCAGACCAAACGCGACCAUGAGCCCUGCGCCAGCUGGAGCCUCCCCCGCGGAGGCCCCUCCUCCAUUGCGACCUGCCCUUAAGAGCGACGACACGGAUGAAACGUACAGCCCAAAAACGGGAGCGAAAGGUGAGCUGAUGGGAAUUUUCGUGUGUCCUGCAGCGGGGUCUGCCGCUACGUCUGCCUGUGCCAUUGUGCGCAGCAGCAGUGGUAGGCAUUCACGAUGAAAGGUUGGGUGCGUUGUGCUGGCUUGCCAUUUGCGAAUCAGAGUACUCGUACUGUACUCUGUCCACACCACAGCAGUGCGGGGUUGUGGUUGGGGUUGUAGUGUGCACACUGCGCUGCACCGCGAUACAAUGCGACAGGGAGGCGUCAAGUUGAUCCCCAUGGAAUGCUGUUGCUGUUGCAGGUGCUGGACCCAGCUACGGGUAGUGAGGAUUCCUUAUCCAAGCUCCCUUCGCCAGCUGGAGCGCCUUAUCUUUCCUUCCGAUAGUCCUCCCCCUCCACUCCCCAUUUUCUUUGCGCGCUGCGAGUUGGCCUGGAGAUCUAACCAAAAAUUCUCAUAGUCGUCUCCAUUGCCGAAGGCGAGCCCGAACCCAUUCCUCCUCUACCACCGACCUAUACUGCCGAAGAAACGCGCAUCAAACAAUUUCCUGCGGGCGUUGCAGGCAGGCGACUGAGCGGACGACCAAGCAUGGCCCCGUCCAGCACCUCGAGCAGAAUCUCAAUUAUAAGCCAGAGCAGCUUGGACGACGGCGAAACCUCGAGCGCGUCGAAGCAGACAGAGGGAAAGGAGAAUAAGCAUCACCAUAUGCGACAACUCCUCCACCACCGCCACAGACAUGAAAAACACGAAAAACAUGACAAGCAGGAGAAUGCGCAGCAUCACCAGGAGAACAAGCUACUCACAGAUGUCCUAAAUUGGCUGCAGGCGGAAAAAUCCAAGAGGGCGGCGCGGAAGUCGAAGAGGAAAGGAGGCGAUGAGAAUGGUUCUGCUGCGGCGAGCCAGGAAGGUGAGCGUCCAGGUACGCACAUCUUCAGACCAAGAACGGCAUCUACCAGUUCGGAUUCCAGCAUCCUAUCCCUGGAUAAAUUGCAGCGGAUUCUGGAAGAUAACAUGUCCAACUUUGGCUAUGAUUCUUUACCAUCAGGAUCUCCCACCUCCCUUCGAAGACCUAGUGUCUUGGGAAGGAGAAGAAGCUCUGCCAAGAAAUUGGGAGGAGGGGUCUAUAGCUCAGAUACCGAAUACCAGGACGGGGAUGUGGUUGUGCCAAGUUGUGACGUUGUGCUUGACAAUUCCAAAACCAUGUCAUAUGGCGGGGGUGGAGCAGUCUUGGAAUCCUCCGAUACGACGGUCACCCUCAAUUCCUCUAAGCGAGCAGAAAAGGAGCCAAAACACUGGGCACAGUUUAAGAGCGAGAUUGUCAGAUUGGCACAUACCCUACGGUUGAAAGGUUGGAGAAAAGUUCCAUUGGAACGAGGAUCCGAAAUCGAGGUUGAAAGAUUGAGUGGUGCCCUCACGAAUGCAGUCUACGUGGUGUCUCCACCAAAAGAUCUUCCCGUUUCCAACUUGAGUUCGAAGCCUCAUUCUACAAAACCUCCUCCCAAAUUGCUUUUGCGAAUCUAUGGACCUCAAGUCGAGCAUCUCAUUGAUCGUGAGAACGAGCUGGGGAUUUUGAAGAGACUAGCAAGAAAGAAGAUUGGACCAAGAUUGUUAGGAACAUUCACAAACGGUCGAUUUGAGGAAUACUUCAAUGCCACUACUUUGAAGGCCAACGAUCUCAGAGUUACAGAUACAAGCAAGCAGAUUGCCAAGCGAAUGAGAGAGCUUCAUGAGGGGAUUGACCUUCUUGAUAGAGAAAGAGAAGAAGGUCCAUUUGUUUGGAGAAAUUGGGACAAAUGGGUUGAUCGAUGUCAAGAAGUUAUUACCUAUCUUGAUGGAGAGAUUCUCAGUAAAAGAAAGGGCAAAGGAGAGGGCUGGCGAGAGAGAGGAUUGGUUUGUGGGGUGGAGUGGAAAGUAUUCAAAAGCGCUGUGGAUAAGUACCGAAAGUGGUUGGACGAGUAUUACAAAAUGAAGGGGGGCGUGGAGAGUCGCUUGGUAUUUGCCCAUAAUGAUGUAAGUUUACUCCCUUCUACUUUGUGAAAUCUGCUAAUAUUUCUUCAGACUCAAUAUGGCAAUAUUCUUCGUCUAGUCCCAGCGCAACCAUCAACACCAUCUCAAGGCGGCCCCAUUCCCCCUCCAUCUCCUCUUCUCCUCCCAGCAAACCACCAUAAACAGUUGAUCGUCAUCGACUUCGAAUACGCCUCGGCCAACACACCCGGUCUCGAAUUUGCAAAUCAUUUUACCGAAUGGUGUUAUAAUUACCACGACCCAACUCGUUCAUGGGCUUGCAACACAGACUUAUACCCAACAAUCGAACAACAACGAACUUUCAUCCGCUCUUACGUCAACCAUCGUCCACAAUAUAAUCCCCGCGCCUCUGCAACACCUAAACUCCAAGCCAUGGACUCUAGUACGUCCAGCAUGCGCGGAGGCGUCAACGAAUUUCUUCUUGAUUCCCGAGCUCCUGGUGGUGUUAGUAAUAUCAGUCUUCCUUCUUCAGCUCUCGGAAGUUCCUCCACUUCUACUCUGACCUUGAAUCAGAGACAAGAGGAUGGUUCUGGGACAUUUGUAGAGGAGGAGAAGAGGAUAGAAUUGGAAAUUGAAAGAAGGGUGCAGGGAUUGAUGGAGGAGACUAGAAUUUGGAGAUUGGCUAAUAGUGCGCAAUGGGUUGCGUGGGGUAUUGUACAAGCCAAGGUUCCUGGAUUGGAUGGUGAGGAGACUACGGGGUAUGAAGAGGAAGAGGAUGCUGUCCUUGAGAAGGAAACUGUUACUUCUUCUACGCCUAAGGAUGAUGGACAUCAUAUCAACGGAUCGCUGGAUCAGAAGAGCGUUACAAAUGGAUUAGUAUCGGGCGAAGUGGUAAAGGAUGGUGUCGUAGAGACGAACGGCGAGAAGACCCAGCAGAAUGGAGAGAAAGAGCCAGAGGAGGGCCUAGAAGAGGAAGACGAGUUCGAUUACCUGGCCUACGCUCAGCAUCGGGCUCUCUUCUUCUGGGGAGACGUCUUGAGUUUGGGCAUCAUGAGUAAGGAGGAGUUGCCGGAGAGUUUGUUGGCGGCUGUUAACGGGGUUGAGUAUUAGGUCAGAUGGGGAUCCUCGGUUUCUGUGGACUUGAUUUCGUAGGCGGGUCGCUGCAGUACCUGGGUUUUGGUAACUGUGUGUAAGAGUAAGAAUUGAAUGCGGGG